AUGGGGCGAUUAGAUUGGAGUUGGGAAAGUUUGCAAGCGGAAAAUUCGGGAGGAAAGUUGGAAUCAGAAGAGGCAUUAGAGAAGUGGACGGCUAACUCUAAGGCUAUAUCAUGGGGAUAUAGUAGAUUGCCUUGGGAUGACUUAAGGGAAGUAAUAGAAGAGUGGGAGGGAAAACCAUUACAGAGUUUGGGCAUACUCGCCUCCAUACCCGCCGGUCUACUCAUACUCGCGCUCUUCGGCCUUUUAUUAUAUCUGCUGACGCGUUGCUGUGAUCGUAAGCCGCGUAAACCCAGCGCACAGCGUUGCCAGAGUUGCUCACUAGUGAUAAUUACGCUAAUGACAUGUGCAGCCAUUGGACUGGGUCUCUACGGCAACGAUGAUUUCCACAAUGGCCUGCUGCAGGCUUUCAGUUCCGGCAAACAAGUCGAAGGACUUGUGCUCAAUUUAAAAAGACAGACUGAAUCAAUCAAACAUGAUCUCGAAACGAAAAUGUCCCAACACAAACUCGAGCAGCAAAUCGAAAAAGUACAAUACAACCAAACAGCCGUUAUGCUGUUGAUCGACACGUGUCAAUUGGUCAGAGAAAAUACCUCACGUGCCGUCACCAGUCUCGAUAAUAUGGUGUUGUAUUUCAUGAAGACGAAAGGCAGUGAAAACGAUACGUCACUUAUGGGAUUGUUAUAUCUCGGCGAAUUAUACGAAUCAAUCCGUUGGCCCGUCACCCUCGGCUUCCUCACACUACUCUUGCUGCUCUGCACUAUACUGGUGAUUGGUGUAGCGCGUCGUUCGCGUUGUGCACUCAUCUUCUUCAGCGUAUCCGGUUUAUUUUGUAUUAUCAUUUGUUGGCUUUUGGCGGGCAUUUACUUGGCAUCAUCGGUGGCGGCGGGUGAUUUCUGUAUGCGUCCGCAUGAGUUUAUGUGCCGGCAAGUGGGCAUGCGCAGCCCAUAUGUAUAUUUUCUCAAUUGCGGCACACUGCGUAAUCGAUUCAUAUUACGCUUGAACGAGUCACGUGAUUUGGUGGAACGUGCACGCGAGUCAAUUUAUUUAAUACAACGCAUGAGCCAGGAGACAUAUCCACGCAUCGAUGUGCACAAAACGCUCGAGGCCAUGGAGAAUGAUCUCGAGGAGACGAAACGUAAUCUGACCGUACUCUCAGCGACGCUCGAUCGGCGCGCCAUCGAUCGUCAUUAUGCCGAUGCGUUGCGUGGCCUCUGCGGUGGUGGCCUACUUGGGCUGAGUCUUAUGAUGGUUGCCGGAUUGUUGACUUCAUUUCUGCUCACCAUAUUGGUGUAUGCCGAUUCGCAUGCUUGGAUCUACCUGAGCAAACGACCCAGCUCACUGGAUAUUGACAAGUCUGAAACCACGCCGCUUUUCCCAUCGAAUGCACCGAGCGCGAGCAUAUCACCCACCGCACCCCUUCAUACGGGCACCAUGAAUCGCACUCUACCACACCAUCAGCAAUCAGCGUCGCAUGGCAUUGGCAUAGGCGUAGGCGCCGGCAGCGGCGGUGGCAGCGGUGGCGGCAUUGGCAGUAGCGGCACGCUUGGCUCGCAUCGCAAUGGCACCGCCGGAAUCAGAACAGGGUUCGUCGCAACAUCAUCACCUACAACAACUACAACCACACUACAAUACAACAAUCAUCCACAUAGAACUAACGCUAGCGCAGGCAUUGGUGGUGUUGGCAACACUGGCACUGGCAUAUUAAGCGGCCGCUUGACGGUUGGCAGCAGUGCCAGUGGCAAGGCAUCACCAUCGCCGCCGCCGGGUUAUGAUGUUGUGGUGCAUGGCACAAGAUCGGGUCACCACACACUCGGCCGACUACCUUCACAUCAUCAGCAGAACUCGUCGGGCUAUCUAAGCGGUCCCAAUAAUGGCAAAUAUGCUACGCUCAGCAAACAAUGUAAGACUCUUGAAUCCAGCGAUUUUUACUGAGAAUCGCUUGCCUGCAGCACAAAUGCAGGCAUCAGCAACACCAAUAACACCACCAUCCUUGGCAGCAGCAACGCCAGCAAUCACAUCAAGCACCAACAGCACAACAACUCACUAAAGAAUAUCUUCGCUUCGGCUACAUUACCACGCUCAGCUGGCUCCUCCAUACGCUCCGUACUCUCCGCACAGGCGGUACAUCGUUCCACUGGCAACGGUUUGGAUCGCGACGAUGAUCGUGAUCCGCGCGAUGUCACCAAUAAUAGCUUCAAUCGCUUCGACCCGAAGUACAUCAGCAUCGGACCGAAAGCGGUGCGCGGCAAUAAUAAUUUGAAUAUUGUCGCUGCUGCCACGGCAAAUAAGUGCGCCACGCUGCGCCAUGUCGGCCGCUAUGGUGGCUCGUUGAAGGGCGCCAGUCCUUCGCCGAAUCUGCGCAGCGCCAAGACACCCUCCAUUGCAACCGUUUCAAAGGAUUACUGCCAACAACCGGACUGCAUACCGCAAACCUAUACGACUGAGGUGAUUGUGCCACACCAAGCGCAACCACAACAGCCGCCACCACCGCCGGCGCCGUUGCCACCACCAAAGCCGCGUACGACCAACACAUUUACCGAGAUACCGGGCACUACGGGUGUGGGCAGUUCGUAUGCCAAAGAGCAGCAACAAAUGCUGAUGCAGCAGCAGCAGCUACAACAAUUCCAGCAACAACAGCAACAGCAGCAACAACAACAGCUACAGCUGCAACAACAGCAGCAGCAACAGCAAUUAGCAGCGCUGCAAGCUGCACAACAGCAACAACAAGCACAAACACAACUACAAAUGCAACAACAGCCAACGCUGCAUCAGCAGUUGCACCAACACCACCCGCCCACGACGCAUAUACUGCCCCCUUCGGCUGUCUAUAGCAUUGAGACGUCGGGCUAUCAACCUCAGCCACAACAACAACAACAGCAGCAGCAGCAGGCAUCAGCACAGGCACAGCAAAUGCAGCAACAUAUUAUAAUUGCACAGCAGCAGCCACCACCGCCAACAGCUGCACCACGCGAACCCCCACGGCCACCACCGCAACGUUCACUAAAUCCUGCUUCAAUUGUCAAUCAGCCAUUGCCUGAGAUUCCACAACAGGUGCAGGGUCAGCAAUCGAAAAUAUCACCACAGCCCUUGUGCGCCGCCAAUCUCAAUCAAUAUCGUUCAUUACAACGACCACAAGCGCAGAAAAUGCAAUUGCCCACCGCAGCUAUGCCGGCACAGCAACCGCAGCAGCAACAGCCACCUUCAUUGCCGCCAAAGAAGAAGACUUCACGCGAAAUAAGCACUUCGACCGCCGUCGGUGCUUUGAAUGCCAAUCAUUUGCAGACUUUGCCACCAAAGUCGGCAAGUCUGCGGCAGCAACAGUCCGCCAGCGGCGCCUACAGUUACGAGCGCGAACGUGAACGUGAACGCGAGCGCGCAGAACGUCAUGAACGGCCUAGACGCGCUGAAACGCUCGAUAAUGCGCGUACAGCCAGCAGCGGCAGCGGCAUGGCUUACAUUGAGCAACAAUUUGGCAGCGGUGGUAUGAAGAAGCAGCACUCUUAUGAUUCGUAUACGCUACAGCAACAGCAAGCGCAGCGGCACGCGGCCGCCACAACGCCCAACAAUAAUUACCAUGGUGCGAUCAACACCAAACACCAUCAACAACAACAACAACAGCAGCAGCAGCAGUAUUUAAUUGAGGCACAACAACAGCAGCUGUACUAUCGCUCGCUUAAACGUGGUGGCUCGCACGCCAACAACGAUCUCUAUUCGGUCACAGAGUUGUAGGAGUGUGCCUGCUGCGGUGGCGGCGUGGAUGUUGUGCGACGAACGACAACGUGUCCCACAACAGCUGCGCCACUAGCCGCAGCAGCAGCAGCCGCACAAACGGUUGCACCACCACCACCCAUACCGUUGCCGCCGAAGAAGCAUCGUUCCUCUGCGAGCGUGGGCACCACAGCAAUGCCGACGCGCGAUAGCCAGACCACUACCAAAGCCACAACGACUGCAGCGACAACAUCGGCGACGACAAUGACAUGUGACGAUCAUGAAUACGACGAAUACUGUCCCGAGCAAUACGAUGCGCAUCACCGCCACCAUCACGGGUCAGCGUCGCAGACACAACAACAAUGCGAGCGUGAACGGGAGCGUGAGCGUGAACGAGAAAGGGAACGUGAAAGAGAACGUGAACGUGAACGUGAAAGAGACCGUGAACCACAUCAUCGCCAUGGCUCAUCGCGGAGUGGUGCGGCUGCUUCCGCAUUAAAACACCAACGUGCCGCCACUUUUGAUGUGGCCGAUGCGCGUGACUACGAACUGCAACGACUGGGUAAUCGGCGUUCACAACAGCAACAGCAAUUACAGCAACAGCUGCAGCAAGCAUCGAGCAACGGUGGUGGUACUGUCAAAUUUCGUAGCAAUGAGCAUCGUGGCGAGCGUACACACGAUCGCGAACGUUCGCGUAGUGAUCAUCGCAUUGCUACAUAUGCCUGUGAUGACACAGCGCUCUGCGGCAGCAGUACCGGUGGUCAUCAGCAUCAUCUCGCCAACGGCGGUGUAACACAGUCGAGCAGGCAGCAGCGGCGCGAAAAAACUUUCAAAGUAUGAUUUUUAGAGACGUCAUAAAAAUUUUCCCCUCCCUCUGCGGAGACGUACGGUAAACAUGCAACGGCAACGGCGGCAUACAGUUGGUAAAUUGUUCAGACAAUGAAUCAAUGUGGCAGUCCGGUGGCAGUUGAUCAGCCGCAAUGACGGCGUGUACUUGUGCGUUUAGUGGAGGGCAGAGCGGCAGCAGCGCGGCGGAUUUAUAAUAAUAAUUGUGAGCAACACACAAAAAAAACAAAAACAAAAAACCAAAACCAAAAACAACAAUCCAACACCAAAUUAUCAAUCAACCCAAAGAAGCGAAAAGAAAACUCUCAUCCAGCCAGUAAACGAACGGCACGGCACGAGCGUGGCUUAGUUGUUGUGUUGCCUUCUAUUAGAAAAUCAUUAGCGAAAAAUUGGCACCAAAUCCAAAUCCUAAAUAAGUGUAUAUGUAUUUACCUACGUAUGUAAUAUUAUAACUGUUUUCGUGACUAGUGUUGUUGUUGUGUAGUUUUAGCUUAGAUUGUGUUUUUAAAAGCUAAACAAAUGAGAUGCUGUAGAAUAUUUGUAUGUAUGUGCUAAUUUAAAAAAAAGUGUUAACAAUUGAAAGGAGUAUCAAAUUUAAAGCGUCAUAGAGUUAGAAAAAAAGUUCUAAAAAUUCUAUGGCGGGCAAUUUAAGGUGAAGUGAGAUUUUGCAACUUUACGGCGACGUAAGCGUGUGACGCGAAUUUCAAUUAUUUCAAAUUUAGUGAGGUAUAAAUUCAUUAAAUAUUUUAGGAAUCCUCCAACGAGCUAUGCCAUGGGUUUUAUCAGUUUAUUAGUUUUUGAAAUUUAUAAAAAUAUCAGCACGCAUCAGUUCCUUGUGUAAAAUUGCUAACAAAAUCGCUUCAUUUUCUAUAUCAUUGUGUGAAGAAUGGGAAGCACAAUCAUGAUCCAAUAAUAAAAAAAGGUUGCCAUUGACGCAAUUUGGAAGUAAGGGAAAGAGGGGCAUAAGUUGAUCUGCUUUCUGAAAAGGUAGUAAAAAAUUAAAAAGAAAAAAAUCGCUGUAAACCAUAGACUAAUUUUAUGUCAUUUUUUGAAUGGUACUUAAUUAUUUAUAUUUUUAAUUUAACCAUUCCCGUGGAUUUGUCACAUAUAAAUACGUUUUUUUCCUUGUUUACUCCUCUCGGGAGCAUAGAGCCUCGAAAAGACUCAGUCUUGCGUUGGUUUCGUUAAUCUAUUUUGAUUUCUGACAGGGUAGGGGAUUACCCUGCCGCUACCAGUCCUAAGUAGUGGGAAUGCCUACCUGUCAUUGCUUAGGAAAUACUUUUAAAUCAAAAUGUAUUUACUCCGCUUGCGUAAUUCCAGCAGUGCAAAAUUUCGAUAGGCAUCGCAAGAGCAUCACUAGACAACUUUGCUCUCCUCUGAGCUGGAGAGCGAUAAAUGUAAAAUCUGCAGCGAUACACGAAAACUCUUUCGCCAGGUUUCAAUGAAGUGCCGCACGAUUUUACCCAAGGCCAAUCUAUUAAAGCUGGUAGCAGUAGGCCUGCUGAUUUGUUGUUUUUGUUUUUUCUCCAUGUACAUUCGUAUGUCAGCACAAAAUUGAAUUACGAAACGUAUUGCUCAAGGCGAAUCUGGCGAAUUAAAGGUCAGUAAAUCAGCUGACGGCGGCCGCCGUAGCCGAAUAGAUUGGGGCGUGACUACCAUUCGGUGUUCAGAGAGAACGUAGGUUCGAAUUUCGGUGAAGGACUAAAGUGAAGAAAAAGUUUUUUCUAAUAGCGGUCGCCCCUCGGCAGCCAAUGGCAAACCUUCGAGUGUAUUUCUGCCAUGAAAAUGGGCCUCAUAAAAAAUAUCUGCCAUUCGUAGUCGGCUUGAAACUGUAGGUCCCUCAAUUUGUGGAACAACAUCAAGACGCACACCACAAAUAAAA